GUCGUCUUUAUAUUAUCACCAGCACUUGUCAACAAGCUCACCUUCCUGCUGCUCAGUGCACCUCUGUGACCGCCGGGACUGUGACCUGCAGCACUGUGAAUACACAAGGCGUUUGGAAGUUUAUUAUUUUUUUGGGGAGAACAUAAAAAAAGUGAGAUUUCGCCAAAAGAUGCUGGAUCGGAGUGUUUUAUCAUUGCUCUUUGGAUGCCUGGCUUGUCUUGUGCUGACCUCUGUUGUAAAUGCAGAUGGUCGAGUGUUCGUGCUGGAUCUGAGGAGCUCUGGCCUGCAGGGCUUCAGAGAUGCUGAGGGGGCUUGUGCCUCACGACAUGCCCGCUUGGCAUCAGCAGAGGAGCUCCGUCAUGCUGUGGUAGAGUGCUUCUUCUCCCCAUGCACCCGUGGGUGGCUCUACGGAGGCAUAGUCGGGACCACGGUGUGUAAUGUCGUGGGCAGUGCACUGAAAGCAGUGGAUGUAAGAACAGAAAAUGCCACAGAAGACGCUACACACCUGGACGCCUUCUGUAUCAAAGACAAAGGUGUACCAUGUGGUGACCCACCAUCCUUUCCUAACACCCGUCUGCAGGAGCACAGUGGGUAUGAGAUGGGAGAUGAGCUGCUGUACGCAUGUGUGCCAGGUUACGUAAUGCCCAGUCGACACAGUGCCUUCAGCCUGCUGUGCGACAGCUGUGGGGAGUGGUAUGGACUGGUGGAGCUGUGUGUCAAAGAUGAGACUGACACUCACGUAGACUACGAGGACAAGUUCCCAGACUCUUACGGACAGGCAGAACACCACAACGAGAGACCGCAGGAGGCUCAUGGUGAGGUGCACGAGGAGGUGCAUGGAGCUGUAUACCCGGAGGGGGAAAGGGGUCAGGAGCAGAAAGAGACUAGCUUCAGUGUUCCAGCAGAGGAGGAGCAUCAAGACCAACAUGGAGUGGAAGGAGAGGUGAUCAGUAUAAAAUCUGAAGGAGCUGCAGAAGGAGGAGAAAAAGACCGUGCUAUUGAGGACUUAAUAGGACAUCCGAGAUGGGAGCAGGAGAGGUGGGAGGAGGUCAGGACUGAUGCAGCCGCAGCCACAGAAGCACCCGUCUCUAUUCUCUCCCAGAAACACCUCUUCUGGUUCCCCUCUGAGGCCUUCCAAGACGAGGGACGUCCUGUCUCCACCAAUCCACUUACACAGACUACACAGAGAGCCUCAGGUGCCCAAUCAGAGGAGAGUAAAGAGCACGACAGCCAAGAAACGCACCACCACCAGCGUCCAGUUGAUGUUGACCACCAUGUGCAAGACAGCUAUGAUGAUCGUGACACAGAUGACCGAGAUGAUCAUGAUGACAGCAAGCAUGAUGACCUGGAUGCCCAUGACGACAGCCACCAUGAUGAUCAAGAUGAGAGCCGCCAGGAUGAAGAUGAUCGUGAUGAUCAUGUGAAGCAUUACAUUCCAGCUCAGCAUGAUGACCUGGACAGACGGGACCGCCAUGAGAGUCAUGAUGAUCACGAUGACCAUUAUGACAUGGGGGAACAUGAGGAGGAUCGCAAUCGUGUUCGUUAUACCAGCCAGGAGUAUGACGACACUUAUGAUGAACAUGAAAGCUAUGAAGAACAUGACGAUGUGACCAACGAUCGUGAUGACAAUGGUCAAGAACGUCCUGAUGGCUCUGAGGAACAUCCUGACAAUGAUGACCAUGAUGAUCCUGAGGAACAUUACAGCCAAGAGGAGGAUGAUAACGACCGUUACACUGAUCAAGAUGAUCAUGAACACGAUGACCAUGACAGCUACGAUGAUCAUGAUAGCCAUGAAGAUGACGGUCAACAGCGUGUAAUCUUUUCUAUAGCAACAGAUAGAGGUCAUAACGUCACUCAGAAGGAAGCAGAGGGAGAGGCCACCACAGAUGACACCUGGCUGGAUGGCUACCCUGUUGUUCCUGAGGAGACAGAAAAUGGUGACUCCACAACAGAAGGGACGACAGACAAACCCAAUGAGGUGGAAAUUCGUAGACCCAUCCCUCACACCAACUCACCAGAUGCACCCAAAUCUUCCACCACGGACCCUGCCUUAGAUCAAGGGGUGGUGCACCCUGGGUUCAUCCCCACCGCUGCUCCCUCACAGCCAUCAGACUCCCCCUCAUACUCCGACAUCCUGGAUUACGACACACAACAGGUGGCUCCCACCCACUCCUGGCACCUCACUCAGCACCCCUUCCUCGACCAUGGCCCAGUUCCACCGAACCACAUCGACGAAGAUGGAAUGAUGGAAGAGCACACUAUACGCAACCUGCCUGGUGAGGCCGGCGAGAGGGACGAGAUAGAGGGAGAGAUGGGAGAGGCAAUCUGCACAGGUGAGAACUGCCCUCCUCCGAGCUCCUCGAGCAGAGGUCCCACGGUGGCAGCCAUAAUAGCGGCGGUGUGUGUGGUCGCUGCGGCAGUCAUCGUCGGGGUAUGGUGCUACCGAAGACAACAGCAAAAGAGCUCAGUGUAUGAGAUGAAUGGGAAGGGUCAAAGCCAGACCAGACAGGGCCAACAGAUAGAGAUGCAGCAGAAAGUGUAAGAGCGACAGGUGAGGACAGAGGGACACUGACAGAGGGCAGAGACAUUUUGGAGGGACGGGAAGAUUCUUAUGAAUUUGGGAGGAAAGCACAGCCCCUUAUCUCGCUAGAAACUACUGCAUGAUUGAAGAUUUUGGAUAGGUAUGAACAGAUGUGCCACAGCCCUUAUUUGAAGAGCAAAACCUCACCCAUGUGAUUAUGUUUAACAAUAAGACCUGACACAUCAAGCUGACAGUUGGCCAUUGGUCAAUGUUGAGCCAUAGGGGAGGGUCUGUCGCCCUAGUUUUGGCGUUGUAGUAGUCGGACCUGGUCGGCUUCUUUUCAGUAGAUUCAGCAUGUUGAAUUGGCAUUGGAUACGGCAAAGCCCGUCAGUGAAUGAAAUCACUCUGAUACGCAGUUCAGUUCAGUGCACAAGAGGAGAAACAGAAGUGAGGAAAGUAAACAAACGGCUAAAGUCAAAAGGGCGUGAGAUCGUAACAAACUUGUUAUUAGGUAAGAUAUUUGUUAAGCCAUUGAGCUCUUUAGCAGAAAUGGUUUCACACAGAGAACGUACGUGCUAGUUUGCUGAUGGCUAUAGUUUUUGCAACGUGUUCGAGUGCAACUUUUUAGACGAGACACAGGCGACUUAUGGUGAAACAAGUGUCGAUCUUCAUUGCCGCUAGUUCUUUGGUGUCAGUUUGGUAUGUCUGGGCUUUAACACAGUGACACCUGUGUGAAACAGAAUGGUAGAUUGAUUUUUAGGAAUUUUACCCAUCUGUGUUAUACCUACCCAAUAUUUUUAAAGCUCUGACAUCUAGCUGGACAUGUGGAGGGGCUGUGUCUGGACUCAUAUCAAGGAUUAUAACCAUGUAGGAAAACCGCAAGAAGACAUGCCUGCCCGCCUGAAUAUAUGAACUUCAACGUACAAAGUUCUUGGACAUUGUGGUAAAGAUUCUCUGUGUUACCUUUUUUGUUCACUUCACUGAAUGCUCAUUUAUUGCUGAUUUAGCUGCAUUGUUCUCCAACCUUUUCUGUUUGUCUGGGUAUUGUGAUGAUAAAAAUUGUAUUCCACUUGUUACCCUAUGGCAAGAGUGCUGAAGUAUAAAACACUUCAGAUCAUCGCAGCAGAUUUGGGCAGGUAGUCCCAAAUGUGUGCCCGUGCUUCUGCCAAACCAGCAAGAAUGAAAAGUAGUAUGAUGAUGAUAGUUAGACCAGAUGAGAGGGUUGAAUGAGCAGUAUGGCGGGAAAGGUGUGAGAGGGAAGGAUGGCGGCUAAUACAUUUUAAGAUCUUCCCGCCUCUAUUGGUUUUGACAGUCGGCUGGUGAGAGAUAAAGAGCGGGUGUCCAUCCAGACUGCAGACUCAGCCCGUGUGUGUGUGUGUGUGUGUGUUUGUGUCUAUGUGUGUGUGUGUGUGUGUGUUUGUGUGUCUCAGGUCCGUGCAAUCUGCCCGUCAGCGGGACAUCGUGUUUGCUGAUGGCAUUCAGACCAACCAGAGAUCAAACAUUGUGGUGCUACUAUGGCAACAGAGAGAAACUAAAAUCACAACCCCCAAUAUCUUAGUUUAGCUAAAGCUUUUAGUUUAACCAAUUCUAACGGUUCACCAAAAAAUUAAGUUUAAUUUCUAUAAAUGUAGUUGGGAAGGCCUAUGACUUUGGGUAAAAGUUUGGAUUAGACAAGAAAUGUAUCUCAUGAUAAACUGUUACAUUUAGCUCUGUAAGGAUGAAUGUAAUGCUAAAUGUUUUUCAAUGGAUUAUACUUCCUUACUUGUGUUCUGCUGUGAUUUUGUCCUGAUAGAAUACUGUAUGAGAGGUUUAAGAGGGUCAUCUGGACUGGACUGGACUGGGGGACUAUUUGUUAAAGGUUCAGUGUGUAGGAUUUAGAGGGAUAUGUAGGCAGAAAUGGAAUAAAAUAUAAUAAAUAUGCUUUCUUUAGUGUAUAAUCACCUAAAAAUAAGAAUACUUUUGUUACCUUAAAAUGAGCCAUUUAUAUCUAUAAAGGGAGCGGGUCCUCGUCCACAAAAUCUGCAAUGUUACAACGCCAUGUUUCUACAGUAGCCCAGAACGGACAACCAAACACUGGCUCUAGAUAGGGCCAGUAACAUAGUUAGCAGGUGCUCCGUAAUGAGCUUAAGAGUGUCCAAUAACCACAUAUUUUCAUUGUGAAACUGCUUUAUUCAGGUUUUUUACCAGUUGAAAUUACUGUUUGCGUUGGAGAGGAAGAGACCUCUGCGGAUAAUUUUGGUCCUGGUAAAAACCUGGACGUCUGGAUCUUAAGAUAUCAGAGAAAAUUAGCAUAAGCAGGUGCUGACCUAGCAGCCCAUCUGUGACGAGCCAAAUAGCGUCAGAGACACACUAAUUUGUAACAUGAAACUGCUUUACUCAGUUUAUUAAAUCACUUUUUAACACAGUGUUUGUUUUGGAGAGAAAGAGACCUCUGCAGAUAAUUUGGCUCCUGUUAAAAACCUUGUGAACAAUGAAACCUAAAGGAAUCCUAACCAAGAGUUUAUGCUUGGCACAUGGGAGAAGUUUCACCUGGUUGCAACCUGCAAACCUCACCACUAGAUGCCACUAAAUCCUACACACCGCUCCUUUAAUUUAAAAUCAAUUUAAUACUAUUUACCCUCACCUAUGGUGAUGAGCUCUGGGUAAUGACCGAUAGGAUGAGAUUGUGGCUACAAGCAGCUGGGCUCAGCCUUAGAGAUAGGGUAAGGAGCUUGGACAUCCGGAGGGAGCUCAGAGUACAGCUGCUGCUCCGUCGCAUUGAAAGGGGUCAGUUGAGGUGGUUUGGGCAUCUGAUCUGGAUGCCUCCUGGGCGCCUCCCACUGGUAGGAGGCCCUGGGGCAGACAAUGAACACGCUGGAGGGGUUACAUAUCUCAUCUGGCCUGGGAACGCCUUGGGGUCUGCCAGGAGGAGCUGGAAAGUGUUGCUGGGGAGAGGGAUGUCUGGGGUGCUUUGCUCGACCUGCUGCCCCCACGACCUGGCCCCGGAUAAGCAGAUGAAAAUGAAUCGAUGGAUUAAUGCUCUGUGGGAAUUCAGACAAUUUGUAAUAUGAAUUACAGUAGCUUGGUUAGAAAUUCAUGUCUGUAACUUUAUAAAUUGUGUUAAAUGUCCUGUCCUAGUUAAAGACGGAAGAUUUUACAGUGUACUGUCACUCUGCAUGAUUCAUUGAUAAUCGUUCUCACUGUUCCCGUACUGUGCCAAAUACUUGAGAAUAAAGAUCACUUAUUAAAAUAGACAAGCGAAUAAAAAUGUGCAAAUGUAAAUAAAUUCAAAUAGCCAUGAGAGGGUUUAAUAUUAGACGUAAGAGUUUGUAAUUCUGGUGAUGUAUACAGACUACACAAAUUAAUAAUAUGGCAAUAACUUAAAUAGAAAGUGCUUCACUUGUAAUAAAUGUCAAAGUGAGUAAUGGCUUGUAGUCGAGGCAUUUUAUGGUGUCAUCAAUCUUAAAUAAGCAUUUAGUAUUUCCUCAUUAUGUCUCCGACUUCACAUCUAGUGUUCUCAGCUGAUUUCUAAAAAGUAUUUAAUUUUUUAAUGGUGUUGUUUAGUAACAUGUUUAGUUAUGAAACAAGGAUUUGUUGGAUUUGAACAGGUUACGUGACUAACAGCUAUUACUGAUUUGCUGAAAAUAUUUCACCAAUCUUUUUCAUUUCCGUAUUGUGGUGUCUGAAACUGAACUGACACUAAUGUGGUGAGGGCACUGGGGUAAAGUACCCAUCUGUAUGAUUCUGUAAAUAUGAAUCUGUAACUGUAAUAACUCACGAUACAUAGUGCAGCAUUACUGGUGUGUGGGAUAUUUGGCCUAUGUUUCUUCACCAAGACAAUCAAGCACGGUUGACAUUAGACAUUACCUCAUGUCUUGCACAGGGUCAGCUCAUCUCCACUUCACUUAAAGGGACAAUCUGCCCAAAAAUCAAAAAUACAUAUUUUUCCUCUUACCUGAAGUGCUAUUUAUUGAUCUACAUUAUUUGUAAGUUGCGAAGUGUUGGAGAUAUCAGCUGUAGAGAUCUCUGCCAUCUCUGGAAUAUAAUGGAACCAGGUGGCACUCGGCUUGUGGAUCUCAAAGUGCCAAAAUAAUACAUGUGAAAGACUCAACAGAAACACAAGAUGUCUCUUUCCAGAAAUCAUGACCUGAUUACUCAAGGUAAUGCACAAACAUAUCCUCAUACAACGGUUCAUAUGAUAUCUAAGAGAUUAACGCCCUGCGGAUGGCAUAGUGACGUUACGUACUUUAUGUAACAUAACAUAUGUAAAAUAUGGUUAUGUAGGUUAGGUUUAGGAAAAGAAACGUGAUGAUGAAGUACCUGUGUUGGCUGUCCCAUCCACCACCCAAACCUGCCUCCUUACACUGAGUUUUACUCUUUAUUUUACCCCUUUUCUCCCAUGAGCGCACUGGUCACGUGAUUGCAGCCUUCCCACAUUACAUGAGUUACACACAAAUUACUGGCUCAUGAUUAUGUGGGUUACAUACAAAAUGUGAUGCAUUAUGUUUUGUAGGUAUAUGUACAAACAUUGCAUGAGAACAGCCUGAAUCCACAGACCUUGCUGUGAGCAGUUUCGUGUAGGAACUAUUUUCUUUCUGCCGAACUACACCCGCCAACCAUAUCAUCAUGCAGAAGCAAGGGUGGAUCUAAGGCUAGCUCACCUAGCACCACUGAGCUAGCUAACGUUACAACUUAGCCGAGGAGGACGCCAUUAAUGUUUGCAUCAUGCUGUGUCACAAACCUCUUGUCCAUGAGUAGAUGAACGCUUCCUAAUGUGCGGUGAUACGGUUGGUAGAUGCAGCUCUGUAGAAAGAAAAUCGUUCCCUCAUGAAACUGCUCACAAUAAGGUCUGUGGAUUAUCUUGAGUAACUGGGUCAUGAUUUCUGGAAAGAGACAUUGCUGUUGAGUUUUUCAAAUGAAUUAUUUGAGUGCUUUGAGCACAACAAGCUGAGUGCCAUCUAGUUCCAUUAUAUUAGACAGAAGGCAGACAUCUCUACUUCCUUUAUCUCCAGCACUCGGCAGAUAACACCAAAACAAUCUAGACUGAUAAAUAGCACUACAGGUAAGAGGACAAAUGUGUAUUUUUGAUUUGGGGGUGAACUGUCCCUUUAAAAUCUAUUUUACUGCCCUUUACAUCACCUACUAUUAAAUAAAGCUGUUAAAACAACAGUACUGUACUAAAAAUAGCAUAAAUAGUAGAUUAUUGAUCAAUGACCUGUUUGGUCACACACCAGGUUUGCUGCACGAUCCAUGAAUUGAUGAUCCAUAAUUAUCAUGAUACCAAUAUUAAAUGUGGGUUGAGGAUCCCCCGAUUUAUGUGCAAAAUCAUGGCAUGAAAGCAAGAAAGCAAGGGUUGUUUUUUUUUACAUUGCUGGCUCUCAUUCACAUUCUCAUUAUUUCUCCCUAUGUGUUUCUCCCUCAUCUCAAACAGCCUGAUGUGUGUGAUGUCAGGAUGAAUUUUGUACUGUACAUGUGUUCUCAAAGUCACAAUAAACUUCUAAACAUGUGGUUUUAAGUCUUGAUAUCUG